GUGAGGAAACAGAAUACAGAAAAGAGUUAUUUUUUACAUAAUGAUUUGCCGCGACGGUCAUCAAAUCAUGUCCAAUGAGUAUUAUUCAAGUUCUCCACAAACAGCGUCUAUCACUCAUCAAAACACAAAGAAACCUUAGUAGAAUGGCAGUAAUGUAAUUUCAUAGCCAUGACUCUGACUUAAGCAUGAUGGAAAGUCGCACUAAGGUUGGUUCAUGGAUCAUGCCCACUACUCUCUCUUCUCUUCCCUUUGCUCUACUCUUCACUCCUUUGGACUCAUAAGACUCACCAAACAAAACAAAACAAAACCAAACAAAACACAUCUCUCUCUCUCCCGACACUGUUUCAGAACCCGACAAAAGCAACCUCUGCCUCCUCGCUUCUCAGUCUCUCUUCUCAGUGGCUCUCAAUGUAAUAUACCCCCAAAAGCUUGUCCUCUUUCUCAAACCUCUCACUUCAACACUUGCAUUUAUUUUUCUCACAAAUGAAAAGCCACAGGAGAGAAUGAUAUCAAACUUCCACAUCAAACCCCGUUCAAGUCGCACACCACCUCUCUUCCACUAUCAGAAUCACCACCUUCCACAACCCCAUCAAUUCAAAUGGAGAAAAACAUCGCUCUCUACAAACUAGAAGCUCGUGGCAUCGUUUAGAAACUCUGUCAAAAAGGGGUUUUAGCUCUCUCUCCAACCCUUCUUCCUACCUUACUUCCAUUUUCUCUCUCUCUACAACUUCCUCCGCCGGAGUAUGGCAUGCCGGAAACUGAUCGCCGGGAACUUGGAUCCCCAGACAAAAAGAAGUGGAGGGUUGAGGACGAAACAGGCGGGAAGAGGAUCGUGCCGUGGUAGUUAGGACUUGGAAUUCAAACUCGCCGGAAAAUGCAUGCUUUCUGGCUUUGAUUCUUACCCUUUUGUUUUUUCUGUUCCUGCUGCAUGCUAUUGUUGUUGUUCUAUUCUUCCAUUAGGUUCGAGAAAAAGUAAGAAAACUCUCCCGUGGUUUUGAGAAUCCCCAUCUUUGAAAAAAAGAAAGAAAGAAAAAGAUGGGAUUUUUGUUGAAAGAAGCUUUGAAGACUCUGUGCGGUCGGAAUCAGUGGUCUUAUGCCGUGUUUUGGAAGAUCGGUUGCCACAAUUCCAAGCUAUUAAUCUGGGAAGAAUGCUACUAUGAACCCUUGCCGUGCUCUAUCCCAUCACGCAUUCUUGGGAGGUCUGAUUUGCCUCACCUGAAUGGGGAAGGAUGCUGGUUUUCUUCGGAGUCUCAGUCAUCUCAUCUAGGGAUUCAAGAGGAGGACAGAGUCAGUUCUCUGAUUAACAAAAUGACAGUAAAUAAUUCAGUCAUUGUUGCAGGUGAAGGUAUAAUUGGACGGGCUGCAUUUACAGGCAACCAUCAGUGGAUUCUUUUGAACAAUUUCACUAAAGAUGUAUAUCCACAAGAGGUAUAUGCUGAGGUGCAUCACCAAUUUUCAUCUGGAAUUCAGACAGUAGCAGUUAUACCUGUGCUUCCUCAUGGGGUUGUUCAACUUGGUUCUUUCUUGCCUAUAAUGGAGAAUAUGGGAUUUGUGAAUGAUGUGAAAAGCUUGAUCCUGCAUUUGGGAUGUAUCCCUGGUGCCCUGCUAUCUGAAGACUAUUCAGCAAAAACUGCCACUGCUGGUGUGCAUGUGUCUGUUGAUCCACCAGUCAUUUCCUCAAACUGCACUCCCUUGGUAGCAAAUGGCUUCAAUCAGCAGAGUAAUUUAUCUAAUGCUUCAAGGCCUUUUGUUCAAACACCAUGUCCUCUAAAGGAAGAGAUAAAUACUUGCCAGGGUUCUGUAUUGACACCCCAAAACCAUAGCUUGAGCCGUAUAUCCAAUAAUGUUUGCCAACCAAAAGUUAUUCAAAUGAGUAACACGAGGUUUUCUGGCCAACAAGAGAAUAGAGUCGCAGAGGCAAAAGUUAUACCCUCAAAUCAUGAUUCAUGCCUACGACAGUGUUCUGUUCCUUAUAAUGCUAGAUCUGUAUUUAGUAACUUACCUGGUUCUGGGUCUUUUGGCCAAUCUGGUCUAAGUGAGCAUAGUCUAAAAUAUAUGGAACAACAAAUCACGGCAGCAAUGGGGAAUCGAGAUAAUGUUAAUCCUUGUAUAAAUGUGUCAAGUACCUCAGACAUGUCUCAACCAAAAACAGGUGGAGGCCAUAUAGUUGGCCACAAUCUGAAUUCUGUCGGUAUUUCUUUACUUGGAGGAAUCCCAAUAUAUGAUGGGUUGAGUACUCUUUUGAGGACAAAUAUGAUUGAUUCUUCUGGUUCAAAGUCUUCCAAAGUAUACAUAGCUGAUUCAUCUAGAGUAAAAGAAGUUGGGAUUGGACUUCAAAUUGAUGAUUCAACUAAUGCAAGGGGUUAUUCUCCAGUUAAUUUGACUAGUCAGUCAGGUGUCUUUUCCAUGCCUGUAGAAGGUUCUGAUAGGAAGAUUCUCCCUGUAGGUUUAAAGUGUGCUUCAACAGAUCAAAAGAUAGAUUAUGAUUCGCUUCAGCCCCCUAGCAUUCCCACAUUUCAUGUUGAGGAGCAUGCACCUAUUAGUGCUCAAAUCCCUGGUUUUGCCCACGAUUGCCUUCAUAAAGAUGGUAGUAAUCAAUCUGUGAUGGCAAUGAAUCCUAAACACAAACUAGCUUGUGCUGGACCUCCAUUAGGUGAUGACCUGUUUGAUGUGUUAGGGGUGGAUUUUAAAAACAAACUGCUGAAUGGAAAUUGGAAUAAACUGUUUGCUCAUGAAUCAGAUGCAAAUGCAGAAAAUAUGGAUAAAAAGGUCGCACCUACAAAUAUGCAUGGUACACAUCCUGAUGUUUAUUCAGUUAAAGAAGCAAUAUCAGACAGCGGUGUCUUUUCUGAGAUGGGAACAGACCACCUCUUGGAUGCUGUGGUCUCAAAGGCCAAAUCUGUUGUGAAACAGGAUUCUGAUGACAUGUCUUGCAGGACAACAUUGACUAGGAAUAGUACCGCCUCUGUUCCCUCCCUUGCGUGCAAGCAGUUUAAGUCUGGUCAUUACCCAGGGGGAUUGUUUGAUUUUCCUAAGAAUGGUGGUAAAAUGGGUGCCACAGAAACUAGUUUUCUUAGGUCCGGAUGUAGCAAGGAUGAUACUGGAAACAGUUCUCAAACUACUACUGUUUAUGGGUCUCAACUUAGUUCGUGGGUUGAAAAUAGUGGCAAUGUGAAGCGUGAAAGUAGUGUUUCAACUGGAUACUCAAAGCGACCAGAUGAAGCUUGCAAAUCAAAUCGUAAAAGGCUUAAACCAGGAGAGAAUCCCAGGCCUCGACCUAAAGAUCGCCAAAUGAUUCAAGAUCGUGUGAAAGAGUUACGCGAAAUUGUGCCAAAUGGAGCAAAAUGUAGCAUAGAUGCACUUUUGGAACGGACCAUUAAACAUAUGCUUUUCUUGCAAAGUGUGACAAAGCAUGCUGACAAGUUGAAACAAACAGGAGAGUCUAAGAUUAUUAAUAAGGAUGGUGGGAUGCUUUUGAAAGACAACUUUGAGGGAGGGGCUACAUGGGCAUAUGAAGUUGGUUCACAAUCAAUGGUUUGUCCUAUUAUAGUCGAAGAUCUGAAUUCUCCUCGUCAAAUGCUAGUGGAGAUGCUAUGUGAAGAACGCGGUUUAUUUCUGGAAAUAGCUGAUUUAAUCAGAGGGUUAGGUUUAACCAUCUUGAAGGGGGUAAUGGAAGCUCACAAUGACAAAAUAUGGGCACGUUUUGCUGUUGAGGCAAACCGGGAUGUAACAAGGAUGGAAAUAUUUAUGUCACUUGUUCGUCUUUUGGAGCAAACGGUGAAGGGGAAUGCAUCUUCAUCCAAUGCAAUUGAUAACAUGAUGGUUUAUCACUCUCUCCCACAGGCUACACAGAUACCAGCAACUGGAAAGUCUAGUAGUCUGCAAUGAACGACAUUUUACAUGGUUUCUUAGUAUGGAUGUGUUGAGAGCAAGUAAGGUAAAAAUGCUUUGCUUGCCAUGACUGACAUCAAAUCCAAUCUUAGAUUUUGGGUGGUCUUAACUUUGUCUAACUGUUAUAUGUCUCAUAUCUGAGCUCAUUUUGAAGGGGAAUGUUAGGUACUAGGUAGUGGUAGUGAAGAGCAUCUCAAGAUUAAUAUGUAUUCUUAUAUUGUAUUUGAGUUUCCUACAUUGCUAGCCAACAUAAUGUAUCAUGUGUUGGCAUUAUUUACUGAACACUUAGUUGACUUGUAUUCAUUUUUUUUAUUAUGUGGGGUUAAUACCGAAGCAGUUGGUCUUGUGAUUCAGAUCAGAUGUAUAGAUUUUGUAGGAUAUGGAAAGAGAGGUUUCAUGUGCUUAUUAGCUUGUUUUGUACUUUUUCUUGUUUUGCCCUUUUACUCCUGGUUUUUUUUAUUGGGGCAUGAAUUUGGUAAUGUUAUGACUAAUACCGUGUUAUUAUAAAUAUGUAAGUUCUACUUGUGGUUUGUACAACAUUGUAAUCAGUGCUAAAUGCAGCAGUUUGAGCCAUUUGAUUUGUGAUC